UGUCUCCAAAAGAAGCGUUUUGGUUCAAGUCUCCACAUCUCCCAGUUUCAAGGACUAGAAUUGGACAGCAUUAACUACCCUGGCACCAUGAACAUGGCAGAGAGCAUAUGAGGGAACCGGGAUCCCUGGGCAUUGUUUCCAGCAUGCCAAAGAGAAAUAACAAAAAAAGUCUGUUCCAUGUUUCUAUCCUGAAGUCUCUGAUUCUCUUAGCUGUCCUGAGCCCAGAAUUCCUGCUGCUGGGGACCAGCCUGCAGUUACAAGACAAUGCCUAUGAUGGGUUACUCAUUGCGAUUAAUCCGAGAGUAUCAGAAGAUCAGAGCCUCGUCCCAAAUAUUAUGGAAAUGAUAACCGAAGCUUCCUCUUACUUGUUCAACGCGACAAAACGACGAGUGUAUUUUGGGAAUGUGAAAAUCUUAAUACCAGCCACAUGGAAAGCUCACAAUUAUAGUCAAGCCAAACAGGAGUCCUAUGAAAAGGCAAAUAUCAUCAUAGCUGAUUGGUAUAGGAAACAUAGAGAUGAUCCGUAUACCCUACAGUAUGGAGGGUGUGGAGAAGAAGGCAAAUAUAUUCAUUUUACUCCCAACUUCCUCCUAAAUGAUAACCUGACUGCCAUCUAUGGACCACGAGGCAGAGUUUUUGUCCAUGAAUGGGCCCAUCUUCGCUGGGGUGUGUUUGAUGAGUAUAACAAUGAGAAACCUUUCUACAUGGCAGGGCACAAUCAGGUGAAAGUCACCAGGUGUUCUUCAGACCUCACAGGUAUUUUUGUUUGUGAAAAAAAUACUUGCACCCAAGAAAACUGCAUUAUUCACAAUCUUUUCAAAGAAAGAUGCAUAUUUAUACAUAAUAAUACACAAAAUAUCACAGCAUCGAUAAUGUACAUGCAAAGCCUAUCUUCUGUGGUGGAAUUCUGUAACUCCAGCACUCACAACCAAGAAGCACCAAACCUUCAGAACCAAAUGUGCAGCCUGAGAAGCACCUGGGAUGUCAUCAUGGACUCUGCAGACUUCAGACAAAGCUCCCCCUUGAAUGUGACUGCCCUUCCAGCUCUGCCCUCGUUUUCCUUGCUCCAGGCUGGGCAGAGAGUCGUCUGUCUGGUUCUGGAUGUUUCUGCCAAGAUGGCUGAGGCUGACAGGCUCCAUCGACUGCGUCAAGCAGCUGAAUUUUACCUGCUGCAGGUUGUUGAAACUCAUACAUACGUUGGCAUCGUGAGCUUUAGCAGCACAGCAAUGGUUAAAGCUCAGCCUCGCGAAAUAAAGAAUCACCAAGAUCGAAGGCAGCUCUCCUCAGCUCUUCCUACCUCCGUGAUGGCCAAAAAUGCAGGGGCCAGUGUAUGUUUGGGUCUACAGAUGGGGCUUCAGGUGAUUGAAAGUCAGCAUGGAAAUGCAUAUGGCUCUGUGAUAAUAUUAGCAACCAGUGGAGGAGUUGGUGAUAUCAGUAGUUGUUUGUCUACCAUGGUCAACAGUGGUUCAACUAUUCAUACCAUAGCUUUGGGACCAUCUGUAGCUGAAAAUCUUGAAGAAUUAUCCACGCUGACAGGAGGGUUGAAGUUCUUUGUCUCAGAUAGAGCGAAUUCCAAUGGCCUGAUGGAUGCUUUUAGUGGAAUUUCAUCAGGCACUGGAGAUGUCUUUCGCCAACCUGUCCAGCUUGACAGCAUGGGCGCCAUGGUUGGUGUUCACCAGAUUUUCAGCAGGACGGUGACUGUUGAUGGAAGCCUGGGAAAUGAGACCAUCUUCACGGUCAUGUGGCAGGGGGGACCUCCUGACAUGGUCCUCCUCAGCCCCGGUGGGAAAAAAUACUUCACGGGUGAUUUUAAUACCGAUUCAGGGUUGAGGAGUUCUUGUCUUCGGAUUCCAGACAGAGCCCAGGCUGGCUCCUGGACUUGGCAGCUGAAUAACACUCACAGCUCUCCUCAGGCCCUCCGAGUGGCCGUGAGCUCUCGGGCCACCGACCAUGCUGUGCCACCGAUAACCGUGACAGCCCACGUGAAUAAAGAUGGAACCCGUUUCCCACAUCCGGUGAUCAUUUACGCAGACGUGAAAGAAGGCUUCCAUCCUAUUCUCCAGGCCAACGUGACUGCCAUCAUUGAGACAGACGCAGGAGAGCCUGUAAGACUGGAACUGUUCGAUGACGGGGCAGGUGCUGAUAUUAUAAAAAAUGAUGGCAUCUAUUCGAGGUAUUUUUUUUCCUUUCCUGUAAAUGGCAGAUAUAGCUUGAAAGUUAUUGUCCAUCAAGAGAGCCACCUUAGAAGACUGCCCCACUUUAUUCCAGGGAGCUAUGCAAUGUAUGUUCCAGGUUACAUAGUAAAUGGUAACAUUCAGAUGAAUGCUCCAAAGAAGUCUAUAGGGGACAGUGACAUUCAAAUGCAAAAAUGGGGCUUCAACAGGACAACCUCCGGAGGCUCCUUUUCAGUCCAAGAUGUUCCAACUGGUCCUCAUGCAGAUGUAUUUCCACCAUGUAGAAUCAUUAACCUAGAAACCAUAAGAAAAGAAGAAGAGAUUAUUUUGACCUGGUCAGCUCCUGGAGAUGACUUUGACCAGGGCCAGGCUGCAAGUUAUGAAGUAAGAAUGAGUAAAAGUCUCCAGAAAAUAAAAGAUGAAUUCAGGGACACCAUUUUGGUCAAUGUUUCCCAGCUGAUCCCUCAACGGGCUGGCUCCAGAGAGAUAUUUGUCUUCACCCCAGCACUCCUGACAAAAGAGCAACAGCAACAGCUCGAUGAAGAGACAGGAGAAGGCAACAGAGUCUACUUCGCCAUCCGAGCUACGGAUGAAGCCUCCCUGCAGGGCCAGGUGUCCAACAUAGUUCAAGCAACCCUGAUUAUUCCCCAGUAUGUUUCUCCUGUUACUUCUCGAGAAUCUCUUAUCCUAAAAGGUGUUUUAACAGCCAUUGGCUUGAUAAUGACUAUUUGUUUUAUGAUAUGCCUGGCACAUUGUACUUUAAGCAGGAAGAAGAAAUCAAGAAAGAAGGCCAAUAGAACCAAACUGUUGUAAAUAAAGGUCAACCGGCAUA